AUGGUCAAUUGCAAACUAUUUCUGAUAUUUUUUUUACUAGAAACAAGUCUGAGCAGAGCAUUCAAAGAUGAGGAAAGGAGUUACCCUCCUUUGUAUCUUGUUAGACCAAUUGUUCAAACUAGGACAACUACAACUGGUUGUACAACAGGAUUGGAGUGUUUGACAUGGUUGGAGAAGCAACAAGAUGGUUCGAUUUUGUAUGUUUGUUUUGGAAUGAACGAGCUGGCACAUGGUUUGGAAUUGAGCAAGCACAAGCUCUUGUGGGUUAUGAGAGCACCAAGCGAUGAGGCCAACACAGGUUAUCUCGGUGGAGAAAAAGAUGCAGACCCAUUAGAGUUAUUGCCAAGUGAGUUCUUGGAGAGGACCAAAGAGCAAGCUAUGUUGCACGUGUUUGUGCCCAAGGUCACCGGGAUGAAAAAGUUUUGA